CAAACUUAUAGAGAAGAUAAAUCUUUUCAGUUGAAUUUUUCGAGAAUCUAUUUUAUACCAGUCCCAGAUAUAUAAGUAGUAUGGCAUGUAAUCAAGAUUUCUGGCAGGGGGAGGAGAACAGGAAAAACCACCAUUUCUAAAAGCUUGGAAGAAAAUGGAACCUCUCAACUUCAAUAUCAGCAGAAGUAAUAGAUUCAGAAGGAAACCCAUAAACACUCACAGAUCUAAGCAACUCCUCUCCAUUUCCCUCCUUGCUCUCUUCUUCUUACUUCUCUUUUUCUUCUCCGACAACUACACCAUCAACUCUCUCUUCUUCCGCAAUUCCCUAAAAACCACUCAAUGUCUCACACUCCAAACCCUAAAAGCAGAGAAAUUCCUUUGGUACGCACCACACAGUGGAUUCAGCAACCAGCUGUCCGAAUUCAAGAAUGCCGUCUUAAUGUCGGCCAUACUUAACCGGACACUAAUUGUUCCUCCUAUUCUGGAUCACCAUGCGGUUGUUCUUGGAAGUUGUCCAAAAUUUAGGGUUUCUGAUCCGAAUGAGCUCCGGUUUGCUGUGUGGAAUCAUGCGAUUGAGCUGAUCCAAGGUCACAGAUAUGUAUCAGUGGCAGAUGUAAUUGAUCUUUCAGCAUUGGUUUCCCAUUCAGCAGUUCGAGUUAUAGACUUGCGUCAUUUUGUACCUUUGUUUUGUGAUAUCGAUGUCGACUAUKUUUGUUUUAAAGAUUCAAAGAUGGAUGAUUCUUUGUUGGAAAAAUUAAGGCAAUGUGGAUCUCUACUAUCUGGGUACAAUAGUGAUACAAAUGAUUGUGUAUAUGCCGUUGAAGAAGAUUGCAGGACAACUGUUUGGACAUUCCAAAAAGAUGGUGAAAAUGGGGAAUUGGAUUCUUUCCAACCAGAUGAGCAACUCAAAAAGAAAAAGAAGAUUUCAUUUGUUAGACRAAGGAAAGAUGUAUAUGAUACCCUGGGUCCUCGUUCAAGAGCUGACUUAGCCACUGUAUUGUCAUUUGGUACACUUUUUACGAGCCCAUAUAAGGGCUCCGAGUCAUACAUCGAUAUUCAUGAAGCUCCAAGGGAUAAAAAGAUACAAUCUUUGAUUAAGGAGAUUGAGUUUCUUCCAUUUGURCCUGAGAUUAUGGAUGCAGGAAAAGGAUAUGCUCUUCACACUSUUAAGUCACCUUUCCUCUGUGCACAACUUAGACUAUUAGAUGGGCAGUUCAAGAACCACUGGAGGGGUACUUUCCAGGCGYUAAAACAGAAACUAGAUCCUCUAAGGCAAAAGGAGAGUUUGCSUAUUCAUAUUUUUGUAAUGACAGAUUUGCCGAUGAGUAACUGGAGUGGAACUUAUUUGGGGGAGCUAGCAAAUGAGCCAGAUUCUAUUAAGCUGUUUCUUCUGUCAGAGGAAGAUGAAUUGAUUCAGAAAACUGCCAAGAAAGUUGUAGAUGCAAGCAAUGGUUGGAAGUUUGGAGCUUCUUAUAAUGAAGGGGUUAAGAAAGAUUGUCAAAAGCAUCAUAGGUUUCCUGAUAUUCUCUUACAUGUUGAAGAAACUGUUUGUAGCUGUGCUUCUCUUGGUUUUGUUGGUACUGCUGGCUCUACCAUUGCAGAUAGCAUAGAAAUGAUGAGAAAAAAGGAAAUAUGUUCCCACUGAAACUUGACUCUAUGUAUGUCCUUGCAUUUGAUCAAUGGAGAUCACAAUCCAGUUCCACACACAGCCUUUGAGAAAAAUAAAAAAUCUUUACUUCUGGGAUGCAAAAGCAUGAAUAGGGCACAUUUCAAAUGUUGGAUGGCUGUGGAAGAGCUGAGGAUCUAUGAGAUUUGAACUCUCAACAAAGUAUGUCCUCCGCAAUCAAAUCAUGCUUGAAAUGUAUUUUUAACCUUUGGUCGAUGAAAAUGAUCUGAAUUUAUACAUCAAUAGGAUUUGAAUCAUAUGUAUUUGAAAGCUAAACUUCUCCAUGUUCAUGAUGACAACCUGAACUUGAUAGAUCAAUGAGAAAGAAAGGAAACCAAUGAUGGUUGAUGUUAAAAAGCCUGCGUUUUCCUUGCUAAUUUGCAUAUCAUUUACCCUUUAGCACCUUGGCCACAUUGUUCGACAGUCUUGGUCCAUUAUUGAUCAUUCUGCAUUCAAAAUUUUAUCAUCAAGCUUUCUUUGUAUGCCUUUUUGAUUAAACAUGUAGGAUGCUUCUCCGUAAAAUUAUUUCGAGUUUUUCUUCA